CGCUCGAUAGCUUCAAGAUUUUUCAAGAUGGUUCGUUACGCUGCUGCCGCCCUCGCUACCAACCCAGAAAAAACCUCCCGCGCUCGCGGCGAGUACCUCCGCACGCACUUCAAGAACAUGCGUGAAGUUGCUGCUGCUCUGACUGGCCUCAAACUUACCAAGGCUUACUCUUACCUAAGUGAUGUCUCGGACCACAAACAAAUCAUUCCUUUCCGUCGGUUUGCUGGGGGUGUUGGUCGCGCAAGCCAAGCCAAGCAAUUCAAAGCAACUCAAGGUCGUUGGCCAGAGAAAUCUGUCAAGUUCAUCACCCGUCUGUUGAAGAACGCUGAAUCAAAUGCUGAUGCCAAAAACAUCGAGUUGGAGGACCUUUACAUCAAAAACAUCGUUGUCCAGCAAGCUCCUAAAACCCGUCGUCGUACGUACCGUGCCCACGGUCGUAUCAAUCCUUACCAGGGCCACCCCACGCAUGUCGAAAUCAUCCUCUCGGUGAACGAAGCUGAAGUUGAACGGAGCAAGGACAAGGAUGUCGUCUCGCCCCUCUCAUCACUGAACCGGCGACAGGUCGCAAGGAAGCGGAUCGAGGCAGCGCGCGCUUAGAUGUUUAUGAUGGGUUGGCGGUCCUAUGAUUAACAUCUAUGUCAGUUGGGAGGGCGAUGCGUUAGUCUUAAUUGCUAUGUAUACGAGUAUGCCUCAUGCCAUGACUUAAAAUGCUUACUCUCACGUUCAGAGCUCUCACUAUUGUGUCUUAGUGUGAAUAGUCUCUUAGAACUCAAUUCAGAUGAUAUAUAGUUCGCCAAUUGAUAUAUUUCGUCAACG